AUUCCUGGCAGUGGCAGUGAUAGGGAAGGGAAGAUUCCUGGCAGUGGCAGUGAUGGGGUAGGGGACAUUCCUGGCAGUGGCAGUGACAAUGAUGGGGUAGGGGACAUUCCUGGCAGUGCCAGUGACAGGGAAGGGGACAUUCCUGGCAGUGGCAGUGACAGGGAAGGGGACAUUGCCAUCACCGACAGCGAUGGGGAAGGGGACAUUGCCGUCACUGAUAGUGACAGGGAAGGGGAAAUGCCCUGUGCUGCAAAAGAAGAGGCCUCUUGCUCUGAGAGUGACGCAGAGGAAGUGCCAGACGCUGGGAUCCCUGCUGCUCCCAAGAAAAUCACUUCCAUUUCCUCUCCCCUGCGCGCCUUCGUCCGCCUGCGCCGGCGCUACCAGGGCCUGAAGAAAAGCCGGCUGCACUUGGAGCUGCCUCGGGAAAAGUCUGCAGAGUUUGUCCACACCAGGCUGCUCCAGAAGCAGCUGUCCCUGAGCAGGACUUCCCUGUACACCCCUUCCAUGGCCUUCUUUAAUCAGUCUGGCUUUGAGAGCUCCCAGUACUUCACCUUUGACACGUCUGUGGAACAUUACUCGGUGAAAAAGUGCAGGCGGAAAAAGAGCCGGAGGAAAUCCAGGAUGGUUCUGUACCCAGAUAAAACAAAAAAAUACCUCCCAGCAGAGGAGAAGAGCAAGGCAAAGCGCUGCCUCCUCUUGCUCAUUGCCAUUAUGUUCUUCCAGAUUCUCAAUGCAAUAGAGAACCUGGAUGAUAACCUCCAAAAAUACGACCUGGACGGUUUGGAGAAAACCAUGCACCGGGAAGUGUUUGGGCAGAAGGUUGCUGUGGAAAGCAUUGUGGAAUUACUGAAGGACUACCUGGCCACCCAUGUCCACAACAAGCCUCUGGUGAUCUCUCUGAACGGCCCCACGGGGGUUGGCAAGAGCCACGUUGGCUGGGUGCUGGCCAAGCACUUCCGCUCGGUCAUGGACAACGACUUUGUGCUGCAGUACUUUGUGAUGCACCACUGCCCCAGCGGGGUGGCUCCCCUCACCUGUGCAAUAGACCUGUCCAAGAAGAUUGCUGACAUGGUUACCAGAGCUGAAAUAGAGGAAAAGACCCCGCUGUUUAUUCUGGAUGAGGUGGAGCUCAUGUCCCCCGUCCUGCUGGACACUCUCAGCCGAUUCUUUGAACCCAAUCAAACCAACGAGUUCCUCAAUGCCAUCUACAUUUUAAUCAGCAAUCUGGGAGGUGAUGAAAUCACAAAGUUCAUUACCCAGAAUGCAUCCACUGAGCUCCUGCACCAGCAAAGGGGAGCUGAAGAGCUGCUGAGCAUCAUCCAGCCAGUGCUGGCCAGGGUGCACCCUCUGUGGAAGGCUGCAGACAUCAUCCCCUUCGUCCUCCUGGAGAAGGCUCACGUCAUAAACUGCUUCCUGGAGCAGAUGAGGAGGGAGGGGCUCUAUCCCGACCAGAAACACAUUGAAAAUUUGGCAAAUCAGCUCAGUUACUACACUACAGGGGACAAGCAAUACUCCAGCAUGGGCUGCAAGCAGGUUGUGGCCAAAGUCAACCUCCUGUAGGGAUUUACAGCAGAGACCAAGCCCUGCUCUGGGGGUUUGCAGAGUUCUGUGCUCAUGAGGAGUGUGUCUCA